CGUAGGCAGAGAAUCACAGGCAGGCAGGCGCAGUCGCAGAGACACAGAGGAGACAGGAAUUAUCAAUGUCGUGGUUUGCCGCAAGAACCUUCAACGUGCCGGCGAUAGACGUCGGCGGCACGCUGCGCUCCCGGUCUCCCCUGGCGGUGGGCUUCGGCUGCGCCUCCUUUGCUGGCACAAGGCUGUGGCGGUCGAGCCGAUCGAAUGUGCCAUUUGCUUGCAUGAGCGUCUCUGCUGAAGCCCGGUUGAAAGAAGCAGUGAAAACCGACAAAGCUCCGGCAGCUCUGGGACCUUAUUCCCAGGCAAUCAAGGCGAACAAUAUGUUGUUCGUAUCUGGUGUCCUCGGUCUUAUUCCAGAGACCGGGAAGUUCGUGUCUGAUGGUGUUGAGGACCAAACUGAGCAGGUUCUUAAAAACAUGGGUGAGAUACUAAAAGCCGGUGGUGCCAGCUACUCUUCUGUGGUUAAGACGACUAUAAUGCUGGCAGACCUAAAUGACUUCAAAAAAGUCAAUGAGAUUUACGCGAAAUAUUUCGCGUCACCUGCCCCAGCUCGUUCAACAUAUCAAGUCGCAGCAUUGCCAUUAAAUGCAAAGAUUGAGAUUGAAUGCAUUGCGGCACUCUAAUGCAAUCAAAGGCUUAGAUUUAUGGGAAAUUUUGGGUGGGAGCAAUAACAUUAACUUAUGGAGUUCAUUAUUUAGCUUAUAUGAAGCAGAAGUGUCAUUGCCAUGAGCUUAACAUGAACAGUCUGAGUUUACUUUGAAUGGAAUAAGUGCCAAUCAAGUUGAUGUUUUUUCCCCGCUGCA